GAGGUGGGGGGGACACGGGCCGGGGGGGCCCGGCGGGCUCCGGGCCUGCACCGACACACCGCUGGGCCCGAGUGACAGGGUCACACGCACACACUUGGUGACCUCCCCGCCGUGCACACCCCGGCACGUCCGCGCAGAAGCCCGCACAGAUCCACGCGCAAAGAGCCUCUCCGCAGCGCGCGUUCACUCGAGACAGCGCAAGAAUGACUGCCUUUUGUGUGAUGAAACUUGUGUGUCAAGCAACCAGAAACGAGCAGAGAUACACAAAAAGAUUCUAUGGUACUCUUCUGACACAAACCCAACAGAAGAGGGUCUUUUCUCCAUUCUGGAUGGUAGUGUCUGACCCUACAAAGGCAACAGUGCUUGGACUUAAACAACCCUUUUGUACAGCUAAAAAACCUCCCAAGGAGCCAAAAACAGCAUUUGGAAGCGUUGGGCGAAGAAUUCCUUAUCGGAUAUUGCACGUCAUCAACCAGGAUGGAGAGAGCUUAGGAAAUAUGCACCGAGCUGAGGCACUCAAACUUAUGGAUCAACAUAACCUGAAACUAGUUCUUCUGCGUGAGAAUGUAGAACCUCCUGUAUACAGACUAAUGACUGGGCAGCAGAUUCAUCAAGAACAGCUGAAACUUGCAGAGAAGAAAAAAUCAAGUGCAAAAUCAGAGAUGGUUCGGAAGGAGUUGUCCUUUUCUUCAGCUAUUGCCAAGAACGACUUAGAUACCAAGACUAAACAGAUAGCCCAGUGGAUUGAAAAGAAAUACCAAGUUAAAAUUACCAUCCGGCAAGCAAAAGAUAGCAAUACAGACAUGUUCAUGCUUUUUGAUCAGAUUUUGGAGACUGUGUCUGAGAAAGCCACCUACCUUUCCAAGCCAAAAAUUACUAGAGAAGGAGUGAGUACCUGUAUUUUGAGACACAUGUCUGACAAAGAGCUGAAGGCAUACCAGAAGAUGGAAAAACAGAAUAACAGUACAGAAAAGAAAAAUGAAAAUGAGGAUCUGAAAUCACGUGAGUUGAAUCAGUGACUUUAUAAAAAGGUAUAAACAAUCUCGUAAAAACAAACAAAACCCUAUAAACAUAAUAAAAUUGUUGAACUUUA